AUGCCUGAUGGGACAUCAACGUCGUCGGCUUCGGCACCUAGAGGGUCUAAGAGGCCGGCUGAGGAAGACACAGAAGAGCUGUCGGAUGUUGCAGAUUCAGAGACGGAGAAACGGGGUUUGAUACGAACGUUAGAUCCGGAAGAGUUCAACUGUUUGGCGGAUGUGGAACUGGUGGUGGAGUUUUUGGAACCAACCAAGUUGUGUGGGAAAGUCACUUCACCUACCCUUGUCGGGGAAAACGUCUCCAGUAUUUUCUUUGGUGGUAGUGAAACUAAGUUCAAGGUGGUGAACUUUUGUGGGGUCAAAGUGAAGGUUUGGCAACCACAGGGCGCGAUCGAUGAUUCGACGCUAGAGCAGUUGAGAGCAGACCACUGUUUCGACGGCAUGUUGACAGAGAUUGAGAAUUUGGACAAGUGUGAAGCUGGAUUUCCAGUGCGGCGCCAGGAAGCAGUUGAUUUUACCAAAAGGGUGGGGACGAAGAUCCUCACAGCACGAUGGGUGACGAACUUCAAGAUCGUGCUGGGUCAAGAUGGAGUGAGAGCAAGGAUUGUCAUCAAAGAUUUUGCUACUUCAAAGGCAAAGUCGAUUGGAGCCUCGAGUCCAACACCAGGCGUUGAGGGUUUGAAGUGCGUUCUGGCCAUCGCAGCGCAGAAUGCCAUGUAUCUCACAGCUUUGGAUGUGAGUGCAGCCUUCAUGCACACACCGUUGAAAGAGAAGAAGUAUUGCAUUAAGAUGCCACUGAGUGUAACUUGGGUUGAUGGAUCUCCUUUGUACUUAGUUCUUUCGAGAGCUUUGAACGGGUUGCGUCCAGCCUCGAGAGAGUGGUUGGACUACUGUACGGGACUUGUGGAACCCUUGGGACUGAGGCAUACUGAGGUGCGUGUGUUUUGGGUCCGUGAACAGCUAGAGCAAAAGAAGGUCGAGAUUGAAUGGAUUAAGGGUACGGCUAAUCCUAGUGACAUGAUGACCAAGGUUCUGGACACGAGAACUUUCAUGAAGUAUAGAGAGCAGUUGGGUUUCGUGCGGCUAGAAGGUGUUCUGGCAGCGUCUCAGAUGAUGAAUCCUGACUGGCUGGAAGGCUGUCUUGAACCUCUGACGAGGUCCGCGACCAAGAAAGCUGAUGAGACGUUGUUUUUCAUUGAGCUGUGUUGUGAAGAGAACUCAUCGUUGAGAUUGGUUUGUGGACAGCGUGACGUGCAGUACAUUGGGAUUACGAAAGACGGUGAACUUCCUGAGACUGUGCGAAGAUUGUCGGAACAGAUUGAGGAGCUCAAGAAGAGUCGGAGAGUCGAGAAGAUCCAUUGCCAUGUAUCGCAAGCUCUGCACGAGCAUGAGUUUGGAAUGGCCUGUGAUCAAUUCUCUUUGGAAGUGUGA